CUCCACCGCAGCUUCAAAACAAAAUCCGAAACUGAGCACCGAGAAAGCAGACAUGGCAGAGAACAACAGCGGAGGCGGAGGCGGCGGCGGCGGUGAUGGUGGCGGCGAAGUCGUGGCGAACCAGACGAUCUACAUCAACAACCUGAACGAGAAAAUAAAGCUGGACGAACUGAAAAAGUCGCUUCUGGCUGUGUUCUCGCAGUUCGGGAAGAUUGUGGAGGUCUUGGCUUUCAAGACGCUCAAGCACAAAGGUCAAGCCUGGCUCGUCUUCGAGGACGUCUCCUCCGCCACCAAAGCCCUUCACCAGAUGCAGGGCUUCCCCUUUUACGACAAGCCUAUGAGAAUACAAUAUGCCAAGACAAAAUCGGAUGUGAUAGCAAAGGCUGAUGGUACCUUUGUUCCACGUGAAAGACGGAAGAGGCAUGAGGAAAAGGGGAAAAAACGAAAAGAGCAACAUGAUGCAAGCCAAGCCGGAAUGCCCAUUCCGGGUUACGCUGGUACCUAUGGUUCAGCACCUCCGCUUUCCCAAAUACCGUAUCCCGGUGGUGUGAAGUUACCUGAGGCUCCUGCUCCACCAAACAACAUACUUUUUGUGCAGAAUCUUCCGCAGGAGACAACUCCCAUGAUGCUGCAAAUGCUCUUCUGCCAGUAUGCCGGUUUCAAGGAGGUUAGAAUGGUGGAAGCGAAGCCAGGUAUUGCUUUUGUGGAGUAUGGAGAUGAGAUGCAAUCAACGGUAGCAAUGCAGGAACUCCAAUCUUUUAAGUUGACACCGCAGAGUUCGAUGUUGAUUACCUAUGCCAAAAAGUAGACAACAAGAUUUAGGUCUUUGCUAUUCCUGUAAGCUGCAGCCAUGGAUCCUUAACUAGAAUGUUGUUUAUCUGUUGAGAUACGAUGCUUCGAUGUAUUAUUGCUGUCGGGAUAUAUUAGAAGAGGAAAAAUUUGCGGAGUCAACGUUUCGUUUUCGUGUGGCCCUGCAAACAAUCGAAGAUUCAUCAGGGAUUAUGUUGUGUCUAACUGUUAAGUGCUAAUCGCAUCUGAUGUUUUUUCCU